AUGUACUAGGAUCCUCAAAAUAAUGAAGAAAUUAUAUUGCUUUAAACAAUUGAAAAGGAUUUAUCUGCUGAUUAAUAAAUCUAAUAAAUUUGCAAAAUAAUAGGAUAAUAAAAUCAAAGUAAUUUUAUUUUUCAUAUUAGAUCCAAGACUAUUAAUAUUUCUAUAAGAGUUAUUCAAAAUGCUCUUUAAUUCUUAUGUAUAAAAAGAUACCCUCUAAAAAGCCUUUAAAGUAUUAAAUAAUAUUUUGAAUAAAUACAAAUUUAGAAAUAGACCAAUAUAAACUUCAGAUUUAAGUCAUUAUAUAAAUCAAAAAUAUUAUGAAGUCUUGGGUAUAUAAUUUUUUAAUGGAUAGCUCAUUUUUAUGAAAAAGCAUUUCUUAAAGGUUCUGAUGAAGCAUUCAAACAUAUGAAUUUUAUUUAUUACAAAAAGAUUGCAAGAGAUUAUAUGCAAUCUCCAAAUUGUACAAAUUCUGCAAUUACAAAAAGUAUUUUAACAAAAAUUGAUUAAAUUUAUUCAACCUUUACAGGUAAUACUCCAUAAGAAUUUGAAAUGGCUGUCUUUGAAUGUUUAAAUAUGCAAGAAUAGGAAUUACUUACAUAAAUAGUUACAGAUGAUUAAAGUAACACACCUAAAUAGACAAAUAGUUUAUAAGAAAAGUUUUUAUUUAAUCUUCCCCCAGAUUUAUAAGAAAAGUAUCGAAGCUAAAACUUCACAGAUAUUUAUGCUUUUAAAGAUUACCUUGUUUAAGAAAAAUAGAUUAAAGGUAUUGAGAAAAUAUUAGGAUAUAUAUUUGUAGAUAAAUUAAAUUAUUAUCUAAAUUCAUAUUAUUUUGUUAAUUCAGCAAAAAAAAUCAAAGAAAAUAAAUCAGAUUUGUAAAAAUAAUUACUAGAACUAGAAAAAGAUAUUUUGGAUUCACAAAAGGAUUAUUAUUCUUUUAUUGAUAUUCCAUCUGUAAAAUAUUUUUAUAAAAGUUUAAAAUCAAAACGUGUUAGAAAUUUGAAAGGAUAAUGUUUUUCAUUCAAAAAAAAAUUGAUAGAAUUUAUCAAAUAAGAAAUCAAUUCUUGUGAAGUUCCAAAAAAAUUUAAUAUUGCAUAAUUUGAAAAGUGGAUUGAAAUUUAUUUUAGUUUAUAUUCAGAAUUGUAAAGAAGUACAACUUUAGAAGAAGCUAAUAUUGCAUUUAAUAUAAUUUAAAAUGUUUAAUAAUUAAUAUUAUCAUUUCUAAGAUUUAGAUGGAAUUAUCUUUAUUUAUUUUGUGCAUUAAUUGUUGAAGCAAAAAUUGAUAAAGAAUAAUUAGAUACUAUUUUAGAUAUAGCUUAUGAUAUGAUGUAAAACACAAAUAAAGCUAAUUUAAAUAGAACAUUUGAUUAAAUUUUAGCAUAAUUAAAUGUAAAAGCAAAUACCUAAAUAACAUCAGAUUAUUUUAAUAAAUAUGGAAGUAAUUUGGGUUACAACUCUAUAUAAAUUCUUGAAUCUCUCUUUCCUAAUAUAAAUAAUAAAUUAAUUAAAGUUAUGCUUUAAAUUAAUUUCAAUUAAAAAAUUAAAUUGAUUAAUGAUUUAAAAACCUUUGAAUUUCAAUUAAUUCAUGAUUGUAGCCAAAAUUUAAAGAAUUUUUCAAAAAUAUUUGAAAAAUUAAAUGAUUCAAUCUUAGAAGGGGAAAAGGAAGAAAAGGAAUAAAAAGCAAUUUUUUUUAAAACUUUUCCAUUCCAAUAUUAGUCAAGAUUAAAAUUUUUAUUAAGUGAAAGAUCUAAUAAAUAAUUAGCUUAAUAAUUUUUUAACACUUAUUCUUUAAAUUAAAAAAAAUUAAAAUAAGAUUAUUAGAGAAAGGAAUUAGGUCAUUAUCAAGAAAUAUUUUAAAGGGAAGAGAAAAUUGGUUAAAUUUGUGAAUAAUAUAUUUUAAAAGAGGCAGAAAGAUAAAAUUAAUAGGGUGACAUCUAUAAAGAUUUAAUACCUAUUUUUAUAAAUAAUUUUGUAAAAGAUAAUCCUUUUGUAAUUUUCUUACCUGCUUUAUUUAAAGGUUUGAGUUUCUUUAGACCAUAAAAAUAAUUCUUUUUUGAAAAAUUAGAAAGAGUUAGAUUUAUUGCAAUUGCAUUUAAAGAUAAAGAUUAAAAUGAAAUAAAUAAAUUUAUAGAAUUUAUGAUUGCUUAAAAAGAUUUAUAUACUUUUGAAUAAUAAUUUCAAAUCGCAAAGAAUAUCUAUAAUUUUUAUAUUACUUUACCUAUUUUUGUUGGUGAAUCUUCUCUUUGCAAACCAAUUACUGAAUCAUUUCCAAUAUUUAGUUAAAUGAAGAACAUAUCUGAUUAUAAUUCUACAACAUAUAAUGCAAUUUGUGUUUUUACUUCUAAGUUUUUUAGUUUUGACUAAAAAGCUGUAAUUAAAAGUGAAGAUUAAUUUAGAAAUAGUGAUAUAUUAAAGAAAUUGUCUAAUUUAAUGAAUGAAAAAACAUAAUUAGAAUUUAAUUAAUAAGAUACUUUAUCAACUUAAUUUUAAGAAUUAAAAAUCUAUAAAGCUUAAUUAAUAAAAGAAGUUUAAUAAAAUAAUAAUUAAAAUUUUUAAAAUAAAUGUAUUGAAGUAUUUUAAAGAUAGGCUAGUAGAUAAUUAAUUAUUUCUGAGAUUAUUGAAUAUAAAAAAUAAUUUAAAUUACCAUUAAAUGAAAUAGAAUAAUUCUAGUGGUCAAAGAAUUUUUGGAUAUAAGUUGGAAAUUAGGAAUUUAAAUAGAAUAAUGAUAAUUUAAUUAAAAAGAAAGUUGAGGACUAUUUUAAAUAAUUAAUUGGUCCUUCAUCCUUAUCUUAACUUAAUGAUAAAUUAUCAAAAGAUUUUAAUACUUUCCAAGACCCUUAUAUAAAAGAAGUGUUAAAGAAAUAAUAUCCAAGGUAUAAAGAAGAAUUUGAAAAGAAUUUUAAUAGAACAGUCAUAAACACUCCUUAAAUUAAAUUAUCUAUUUUAUAAAUGACAGAAAUAUAAAAAAAGUUAUCUAUUAUUAGAUAGGAUUAAAAAUAUAAGGAAUUUUAAAUUGAAGAUUAAUCAGUUUUGACAUUUAUAAAUGAAUAAUUUAGUUUAUAUAUGAAGUAACUUUUAGGAAAAGUAUUCUAAGUUGCUAUAACUUAAAAACCAGGAUAUGAAUUUAAAGUAUUUUAAAAUAAAUCUGUUUCUCCAAAUGAUAAUUUAAUGACCAAAUAUAAAUAAAAUUAAGAAUUGUAAGGAAAAUUUGGACCUUAAAAAAAUUCUUAUCUUGAUAUAGCAUUGUUAACUAGCAGUGAAAAUAAGAAUUAAUUAUAUUAUGAAUUGUGUGAUUAUACACCAAUAUAGAGGUAAAUAGAAUUCAGGAAUUUUUUAAUAGAAAUAGAACCACUUUAAGAGGAAAAAUUGAAAAACAAAAUAAGAAAAAAUAAGUGGAAAGAAGAACAUCCUGAAUUAGAAGAAGUAUUAAGAAAAAAAAUAAAAAGAGGAGCAGAAUUAUGGAAUUAAGUUUAAGAUUUCCUCUGUAAAAGAGAGAAUAAUGAUAAUAUGAUGGAUUCAGAUGAAGAGUCAGAAAAAUAUAAAGGUUAAUAAUAACAAAUUAUAGAUAUUGUUGAAGAUGAUCAAUUAGACUAAAAAUUACAAGAUGUUCAAAGAAGUUUUGAAAGGUAAUUAUUAACAGGAAGAAAUUAUAUAAAAACAAGGUAUUGUACUAAUUUAUAUAUUAAGAUUAAAUAAUAUGGAUAAUGAUAAUCCAUUAUUGACUUAGAAAGAAAUAAAUGUAAAGACUGUUUAGUUUGUUUUGGAGUAACAUCCCUACUUCAAAAAGAGUAAGAUCUUAUAUAAAUCUUAUAUUUUGUGA